AUGUCGGACGCUGCGAUCGCUGAGAAGGAUCUCGGAAACGCUGCCUACAAGCAGAAGGAUUUCGAAACUGCUCAUUUGCACUACGACAAAGCCAUCGAGCUGGAUUCAACGAAUAUCACCUUCUACAAUAACAAAGCUGCCGUGUUUUUCGAGGAGAAAAAGUACGCCGAAUGUGUGCAAUUCUGCGAGAAAGCCAUCGAAAUCGGACGCGAAACUCGCGCAGAUUACAAAUUGAUUGCUAAAGCAAUGUCUCGCGCCGGUAACGCAUUCCAGAAGCAAGGAGAACUAAAAACUGCUCUCCAAUGGUUCCAAAGGUCACUCUCCGAGUUCAGAGACCCAGAGCUCGUUAAGAAGGUAAAGGAGAUGGAGAAGGCGCUGAAAGAAGCCGAGCGUCUUGCCUACAUCAACCCACAGCUCGCUCAGGAGGAGAAGAACCAAGGAAAUGACUUCUUCAAAAAAGGUGACUAUCCAAGCGCUAUGAAGCACUACAAUGAAGCUGUGAAGCGUGAUCCGGAGAACGCUGUGCUCUACUCGAAUCGUGCUGCUUGUCUCACCAAGCUGAUGGAAUUCCAGCGCGCUUUAGAGGAUUGUGAUACUUGCAUUAAGAAGGAUCCGAAAUUCAUCAAAGGAUACAUCCGCAAAGGAGCCUGCCUCGUGGCUAUGCGUGAAUGGUCGAAAGCUCAGCGUGCCUACGAAGAUGCUCUUGCAGUCGAUCCGAGCAACGAGGAGGCUCGCGAAGGAGUCCGCACAUGCUUGCGCAGCAACGACGAGGAUCCAGAGAAGGCCAAGGAGCGCUCGAUGGCCGAUCCAGAAGUGCAAGAGAUUCUCCGCGAUCCAGGCAUGCGUAUGAUUUUGGAACAAAUGAGCAACGAUCCAGGAGCAGUGCGAGAGCAUUUGAAGAAUCCAGAAAUCUUCCAGAAGCUCAUGAAGCUCCGUGACGCCGGUGUCAUUCAGAUGCGCUAA